AUCAUUCUUUUCUAUCUUGGUCCUUCUCUUUCUCUCUCUAGCUUUCUACAUCUAAGUUUCAACUUUCUACCACUGAUGGGCGGAAUAUUGCUGAAGCGCAGCAGCAAAACUUCUAUAAAUGACCACAAUUCAUGCUAGAAACAUUAGAAGGGCUUGGAUAUUUAAAAAAAAAAUUAAACGCAGCAGCAUCAACGCAGUGCUGCAAACCUAGAUUCCGGCAGGGUUGAAAGAUCAGAGGGGCGGAAUCUUCACUCUCACUGUCAAUUUUCGACGAGCAAAGGGGUUGCCGCCCUUCCUUGUCCCUCUACUCACUUCUCUUCGACAAUGGAGGAGCUGCUUCAUAUAUUUGCUUGGGCACCUCAAGGCUCAAACUGUCUCAAGGAGGAAGGCUGACCUAGCUCUUUCGAGGAGGGGAAAGAGUCUAAGGCUUCAAGGGUAAAAGGCUUUAACAGUAAUCGGAUUGACAUGGCAGCAGUCGAGGAAGCACAGCAACCACUUUUGGAUAAUAAUGCAGGAGGAGGAGGAGAAGGAUCAAGUUCGACUGCCCCAAAGCCAAAACAACCAAAAACCCCGGCACAAAAGGCCAUUAGAAAGACCUUCAAAGCCACGGCCCAUUUGUCUAAUCUUCUCCCCACGGGGACCGUCCUCGUGUUCCAAAUGCUCUCCCCCGCUUUCACAUGCCAAGGGAAGUGCCCGGCCAUCCUCAACCAAACCGUGACUCUGCUCCUCCUAACGUUCUGCAGCCUUACCUGCUUCCUUUUGUGCUUGACCGAUAGCUUGAGGGACGAACGAGGCAAGGUGCGAUAUGGGUUGGCAACAUUUAAAGGGUUGUGGAUCCUCGACGGGUCCAAAAUCACACUUUCGCCGGAGGAGGCAGCUAAAUAUAGGCUAAAGUUCAUAGAUUUUUUCCAUGCCUUCAUGUCCAUACUUGUAUUUGCUGCGGUGGCAAUGUUGGAUAAAAAUGUCGUCAAUUGCUUCUACCCCAAGCUAUCGGAGGAGGCCAGGCAGCUUUUGGUGGCGUUCCAUGUCGGAACUGGUAUCGUAUGCAGCUUGCUGUUUGUUUUAUUCCCCUCCAGACGCCAUGGAAUUGGCUUCCCUCUCUCUCGUAGCUAGCUUGAGAGGAUAAAAGUCUUGGAAAAUUUUAUCAUGUUAAUUAUUUUUCUUAUCAUAUAUGUCAAAUAUAUGAAAAUUCUUGGAAA